AUGAGGGACACCUUCUACUGCAACGACGAGACGUACGAGGCACAACCGAAAGCAGAACAACUCAAUCUCGGCGAGCGCUGGCGGCACCAGUCCCCCCCAUUCCAUCGGCAGUACACCCGCCUGACUUCCUCCUUCCUCUUCGCCAUGCAGGGCUACGGCUACUCGCAGUACCAGGCGCACUCGCCGCACCACCAGCGCAGCGGCGAACUUCCCAAGCUCUACUACAAAUCACUGGACCACGGCACCGAUAGCGGCGGCUUCAAUGAGAAGAAGCGCGUGUUCAAGCUAAACGAUGGCAUCAACCAUCACAAGACGCUGCAGGACAAGGCCGGACGAUCAAGCAGCCCAUCGUGUGAUCUCGAAUCAGAGUGCGGAGCGCGCCAAAAAGCAGGCGGAUCGCCGAGGACCAAAAUGGUGGUGGCUAAGGCGAUCUUCUCCGAGAAGAUCAUGGCCGACGCAAGUAUGUACACCGACGACACGGCGGCCGACAGCAGCAGCACUAUGGGUGGCAGCAGCAGCGAUGACGACGAACGCUCGAACCAACAGCAGCUCACAGCGCGAGGACGCUCCGAGAGCCAGGGGCAGCUCAACGAUCAAGAUACCGACUUAGACCGCUCCUCCUACUUUGUUCUCUCGGGCCCUAACUACACCUACGAGGCUGUCCCGGCUUUCACGCCGGAUGUCAACCGAACCGCGUCAAACAACAAGAAAAUUUAUGGCAAGCCGGUGUCUGUAGGGGAGUUUCAGAAUGACGAAGACUCGAGUCACAUCUACGCGUGGUUGCAAGCGUCCCUGAAAGCCUCGAAGGAAUUUCACGCGUUCUGUGGUGCCAGGUGUACUCCCAACGCUAACGUGCCAUUGACCUCUGUGUAG